UGCGGCCUCUGCACUUGUUGAACAAGUACUGCGUCCUUCACUUCUCAACUGCUAGUAAUUGUUACUACUGUAGUUAGUUCGGGCAUUUUGCAUUCGUUUCCUCAAUCUGUCUAGGAGUUUGUUCUUGAGGUCCAGUACAUGACUCAUGGAUUGAAGUUCAGUUCAUAGGACACCGUGUUUGUUUGAUUCCAGUGGCCGUGGUCAUUUGCUCUUUUCUGCGAGCUGUUUAGAACUGUGGAUUGAAAACGAUUUCUCAUAUUAAAGUUGCCGAGAACAUUUCAUGGAAUGGCUGAGCAGGAGGAAGGCGUUUUGUUCAACGAAGGGAACUUGACGUGUAUCGCGCAGAACUGGAGUUCUAUCCCGGACGAUGUGGUACAGCGGUAUGCAGCCACGACUAAGCGCCUGGACAUGAGCUUCAAUGUGCUGCGCGAGCUGUCUGGCCUUGAGAAUUUUACAUUGUUAGAGGAGCUGGUUGUGGAUAACAACGAGCUAGGGGAUAGCGUACGAUUUCCUCCUCUAAACCAUCUGCACACAGUCAUGUUGAAUAAGAAUGCCAUCAUGAACAUCGAUGGCCUGCUUGAGGACAUGGGGAAACAGCUGCCCGCACUGCGCUUUCUCAGUUUACUAGGGAACGUUGCGUGCCCGAACGAAUUGUCCAGUUCAGAGAAGGAUGAGGAUGAUUAUCGACGGUAUCGGCUGUAUGUCUUAUACAAGCUGCCCAACCUUCGCUUCCUCGACUCGCGUCCAGCAUCGCAGAAGGAAAAAGCCGAGGCGGCACGGUCCGGGCAGUUCAUGAAAGUUGUGCGCAUGGACGAGACGACGACGGACACGGGACGGCCACGGGCACGCUCGUCGGAGGUGAGCGGCGAGGACUACACGCCGCUGCCGCAAACGCUGGCCAGCGCGGGCGAUCACAAGGGCACGUUUGGUGUGUGCCGAUACGUUUACUACGGUCGCCACUCCGAGGGCAACCGCUUCAUCAGGAAUCGCGAUCUAUAAACGUCUAUUUCAACGUUUAUAUCUGUGAGUAGCCAUCAUUUAGAGAACAUGUCCGUACAGUACUGUUUGUGAAAGUAGACCAGUCAUGAAAGGUCUGCAACAUGAUAAACUUCUGGGAUGCAGAGUUUUUUUUGAGAAGAUCUCCCGUCCUGUGAUACUUGUAGCUGUGAAUGAUGUUUAAUUUGAUUUUGUGUAGGCGGCAAUGGUCAUCCGCACCGAGACAACCUAAUGGAAUGAUGUCACUAAGUUGUUCAUGCCUGUUCUGUGAUUUAUUUAGCACAGUUUGUGGUUUCCUGGCGCGCAUGUGCAUUCUUCUUCCACAUGGAACACAUCCGUAUCACGUGCCACCUUACUAGAGCUAGAGUUAGUUAGCCUUUCCGCUAGAGCCGUCUAUUGUAAUUUUAUUCGCUCCACUUAGUGUGAAACAGCCUGCAGUCUCUAUGCAUAUGUCUUUAUGAGCAGCUGCUGGAACAGCUGUUGUAGUGCUAUUAAUAUCGCUGUACUUUUUUUUUACUUGCUCGCUUAUUUGUACAGCGCUAGCGUGCAACUGCUUCACAUGACUUUGUUUUAGGUAUGGGCAUGUGUAAAGUGCGCAUUUUGCCUCGUGCGUUAACCUCAUUUUCAGUGAGAAAUGCCUUUUUCUAAUUUGCUACAGUGCAUGCACAUGUAUACAGAAGCCGCACAUGUGUGUCGCACUGAAAGUAAAGGUGUAUGUUUGAGGCUUCGUAGGUUUCUCUUUUCCCAGUUCAGUUCCAGCCCUUCUAUUUUCCUUAACCUUAACAAAGGACUUACCCUAAGUCUUUCCACCUCUUAUUGAUUGUAGUUCUCUGUUCCCAUAA